GAGUCGUACUACGUCCGUGUGUCUGCUCGGACGGUCUCCAUGUCUUCACAACAAUUUCUCGUUCGUAAAGUUGUUCGUUCAGCGCACCAAGUCAGGGCAUAUGACCAAGUCAGAGCGUAUCUGAAUGUGCAUAGAAAUGUGCGCGUGAUUUCAUCUUCAGUGACGCGCUCGGCAGCGGCUGCACCAAAACUGAAACCGACACCGACGUCAACGCCUCCCCCUCCAUCUUUCGAGCCUGCGGCACGGCGGGAACAGUCAUGGCUGACCACGAAAGUCAAGUCAUCUCCACUCCUUUUCUCAAUAUUCCUGUCUGUAGCUCGCAUUCUUGGCUAUGGCUCGCCGCAACAGUUCGCUAAUCGGCGUGCUCUGCACUUGUACAACACCCUGUGUGCCGGGCGUGCCGACGAAGCUUCUGCAUUUUGGAGAGAAGCAUACGCUCUUCCGCCAACUUUCCAAUCCUGGUUUACAAUCACGAACCUGCAUGUCUGGCUGCUUACUGUCAGACUCCGUGCUCUCCCUGCACCACACGGGACACAACAUGUGCAAGGGCUCAUUGACCACUUCUUCCAGGACGUCGAGGAACGCUUGCGCGCUGUCCUCCAGCCAGGCGUUCUUCCUCCUCGUUCUUCUUCACCAAACCUGCCUAGCACAGCUGAAGAUGGUUUACGUCUCUCUUCAUAUCCACAUAGCUCCUUUUACACGAUCCCCACGCCCCUUGCACCCAAAAACACCUUUCCUUCAACCAAAGCUUACCAAGAGGCCUUAAAACUCCAAAAACGCUCUCGUGCGCCAGAAAAGUUGAUCACAAGGCAAAUGAAAAUUCUAAAAGAGCAAUGGGCCGGGAUGGGAAUGAGUUUGGAUCUUGGCCUCGUAAAGGGCGAUGCUGAGUUGGCUGCGGCAGUUUGGAGGAAUUUGCUUGGUGCACGGGGUGCAAGCGGGAUUGGGUUAGGCCAGGAGGCCAACGGCAGCGGUUAUCGGAGAGCAGUUAACCUAGUUGGUGGACUUGUCGAGGACGUGAGAAAGGUGGACGUCGAUAAGGAAGAGUUAAAGGAUGAUAACAGUGGUGUGCAUGACUUUGCUCCUUCGGAAAAUGACCGAUAUAUUGGUUAUCCAGAGCUUAUGGCCACACUCGUCUCCUACAUCCGCCGUGAAAGUUUACGACUGGAGCGCAUCGACGACAGUGUCAUCGUGGGACCACGUCGUGUUGGACGCGAGGGUGAAGGCGUCCAGAACUUGAAAUGGGGAGACAUUAAAAAUGCUGUGUAGAGAUAAUACAUCAGACAGUCUGAAGCUCAUUCGCAGCUGCGGCACUUGGAGAGUAUAGUACAACGCAUAUUCCAAUACUUUGUGCUUGGAUGGUAAUUCUUAUGCCCCGCUCCAAGAUCUUAACUCCCGUCUUUACCUUCGACUAAAUAAUAUUUUUGCACUUAUAGUUGUGAAAUCAGAUAAUCU